ACUCUGAGUGGAAACGAAGCCCAGAGAGGAAGGGAGAGAGAGAAAAAAACAUCAACUGGUUGGCUCCAGUACACACCCCAACCAAGAUCAAAAGUCAACUCAGAAUCUUCAAGACUUUAUUCGUCAAAACCAGCAAAUUCUCUGUCAUAAAGAGCUUUAACAACUAACCUAAGACAUUAAAAAGGAAAAUACCAGCUGACACCCUGCAGGUUGAAAUAACUACCACUUACUGGAUACAUUCAAAUCCUUCAAAAUCAACAGAGUAACCAGGUAUCAAAGAAGAAACGCAGCCAUGGACAACCUCACCUUGGAGGCUGGGAACGGCAGCCUGUGCACCCGAGAUUACAAGAUCACCCAGGUCCUCUUCCCACUCCUCUAUACUGUCCUGUUUUUCGUUGGACUCAUCACAAAUAGCCUGGCAAUGAGGAUUUUCUUUCAAAUCCGCAGUAAAUCCAACUUCAUUAUUUUUCUUAAGAACACAGUCAUUUCUGAUCUUCUCAUGAUUCUGACUUUUCCAUUCAAAAUCCUCAGCGAUGCCAAACUGGGAACGGGACCACUGAGAACUUUUGUGUGCCAAGUGACCUCCGUCAUAUUUUAUUUCACAAUGUAUAUCAGUAUUUCAUUCCUAGGACUAAUAACUAUUGAUCGCUACCAGAAGACUACCAGGCCAUUUAAAACAUCCAGCCCCAAAAAUCUCUUGGGAGCUAAGAUUCUCUCUGUUGUCAUCUGGGCAUUCAUGUUCUUACUCUCUUUGCCUAACAUGAUUCUAACCAACAAGAGGCCAAGAGACAAGAAUGUUAAGAAAUGUUCUUUCUUCAAAUCAGAGUUUGGUUUGGUCUGGCAUGAAAUAGUCAAUUACAUCUGUCAAGUCAUUUUCUGGAUUAAUUUUUUAAUUGUCAUUGUAUGUUAUACACUCAUUACAAAAGAACUAUACAGGUCCUAUGUAAGAACGAGGGGUGUAGGCAAAGUCCCCAGGAAAAAGGUGAACAUCAAAGUUUUCAUUAUCAUUGCUGUAUUUUUUAUUUGUUUUGUUCCCUUCCAUUUUGCCCGAAUUCCCUACACCCUCAGCCAAACCCGGGAUGUCUUUGAUUGCUCUGCUGAGAAUACUCUGUUCUACGUGAAAGAGAGCACUCUCUGGUUAACUUCCUUAAAUGCAUGCCUAGACCCAUUCAUCUAUUUUUUCCUUUGCAAGUCCUUCAAAAAUUCCUUGAUGAGUAUGCUGAAGUGCUCCAGUUCUGCAACAUCUGCUCCACAUGAAAAUCGGAAAAAGGGACAGGAUGGUGGGGACCCAAGUGAAGAGACUCCCAUGUAAACAAACUGAGAUAACAGUUCAAUCUAGUAGUGUUUGGAACUGCUGACAGCAAAACACUAUGUGAAAAUAUUAAUACUGACUAAGAAGUAGCUGAGUUAGUCACAAUGACUCUUGAAAUAACAAAAGACUACAAAAGUAAUCUUAAUUUACUUUUCCAGCAUUUAAAAGCUAUCUUAAAAAGUAGAAAAAUAAACUAACAUGUAGCUGUGGAGCAAAAUGAACUUUAUCCAAUCACCACGCGACAUGCAAAACUAUACAGAAAUCACAAGUGUAGAGUUUUGGCAAAAGAGGUAACAAUAUAAUAAUACCUACUGUAAUUCUUUAAAUACAUUAUUGAUCACAAUGUUAUAAUCAACUUACAAUACAUAAUCAACUGAAGAAUGAUAAAUCUGAUAAAAUCUUUAACCACAAAUUAUACUUAAGAUGUAUAUACAAUCUUAGUCCCUAAUCAAAUGCUGACCUAUUGUAAUAAUCAUUAUAAAAAUUUAAGUUAAGUGGGACACAGAAAGAAUAGUAACUACUAACUUUUACU